UGCCCACUAACGCCGAUGUCCCCCGCAGCGGUGCGCUUCGGGCGCAUCCCCAAGCGGGAGAAGCAGCGGAUGCUGGCGGAGAUGCAGAGCGCCAUGAGCGGCAUGGGCAGCGUCCCGCCGGGGAUGCCCGGUCCCGGCGAGGGUCCAGCGCCGGGCGGGGGCCGCGCGCCGCCCCCCUGUCCCCCGCCGCUCGCCCCCCCAGCCUGCUUCUCCCAGUUCCCCCAGCAGCUGACGCCCCCCCGCUCGCCCAGCCCCGGGGGGGCCACCGAGGACGUCAUCGCGCAGGUGGCCAAGGCCCACAAGGAGAUCUUCGUCUACGCGCACGACAAGCUGGGACCCCCCCCGGCCUGCGAGAACGGCCUCCUGCGCUGGGACGCGCCCCCCGCCUGGGCUCCCGGCCCCCCCGAGCCCCGGCUCUGCCCCCCCGCUUACCCCGAGUCCCCGGCGCGGGGCUGCCCCUGGCCCCGUGGCACCAAGGACGUCCUGCCGGCCUGCCCCAUGAACAGCCACCUGCCCGGCCGCAGCGGGCGCUCGGUGCAGGAGAUCUGGGAGGAUUUCUCCCUCAGCUUCACCCCCGCCGUCCGCGAGGUGGUCGAGUUCGCCAAGCACAUUCCCGGCUUCCAGGCCCUCUCCCAGCACGACCAGGUCACCCUGCUCAAAGCCGGCACCUUCGAGGUGCUGAUGGUUCGCUUUGCCUCGCUGUUCGACGUGAAGGAGCAGACGGUGACGUUCAUGAGCCGGACGAAGUACAGCCUGGAGGAGCUGUGGGGCAUGGGCAUGGGCGACCUGCUCAGCUCCAUGUUCGAGUUCAGCGAGAAGCUCAGCGCCCUCGACCUCACCGACGAGGAGCUGGGGCUCUUCACCGCCGUCGUCCUGGUCUCGGCAGACCGCUCCGGCAUGGAGGACACGGCGUCGGUGGAGCAGUUGCAGGAGACGCUGAUCCGCGCCCUGCGCGCCCUCGUGCUGAAGACGCACCCGGCGGAGACGUCGCGGUUCACCAAGCUGCUGCUGAAGCUGCCGGACCUGCGCACCCUCAACAACCUCCACUCCGAAAAGCUGCUCUCCUUCCGCAUCGAUGCCCAGUAGGGCCCCAACGGACCCCAGGGACCCCCCCGCGCACCCACCACCCUUGUACAUAGCACCGCGGCCGGGGGGGGGGGGGGAUGACACACAAGCCCCCCCCAAGGGGCAGCACAAACCCCACGGCACCCACUGGACUCCCGGGGGGGCUGCACUCCCCGGGUGGGUGCUGGGAUGCCAGCACACCCCCCCCCACACUCCAGUUGGGCAUCUGCCCCACGGCUCCACUGGCAGUGCCAGGGGGGUUCCCCCGCCCCAACCCCCCCGCUGCGGCAGCCAGCGGUGGAAAGCAGAGGCCGGAUCCAGCCGAGCUGUGUGGGGUGG